AGGAUAUUGGCUGAUGGAUUGCAAAUGUACAUAGAUGACGAUGAUGCCAUGAUGUUUACGCCAAUUGCCGUCAAAAAACUCCCUCCAGCCAAAUAUUUGUCUAAAAUGGCUUAUGACUGCGAACUCGAACGGAUUGCUAAUACGGCUGUGACAGUGAAAUGGAGUGGAGAAGAGUGCGACCAAUACUCUGAACAAACUAGAGGAUACUUCCUCAGCUUUGCCUUCGGUGAUAUGACCUUGUUGGACUCUUUUGAGAAAGAAUUUUCAAUCAUGCGAAAAUUCAACAUCACAGAUCAAUGGGUAACAUAUACUAACGACACGUUUGGGUACACAAGAAAUUAUGCUGAUCUGAUGCGUGCUAAUGCGUCUAGAAUAGGUUGUGCAAGCAAGGGAUGUCACGGUGUUGGAGCCUGGUACACUGCGUAUUUUUGCGUCAUCAACCAGGAGGCUAUUCAAAUUGGAGACCCCAUUUAUGAAAUAGCCACUGACAAUAAUGGCGCAAAAGGGGUUACCGACAAUAAUGGUCUAACGGCUGAAUGUGAUCCCUUAAUCUCUGAUGAAGAGUCAACGACUUCGACCGUUACAUCCACAGCAGCAUUUUCCCAUGCAAGUUCUCCUGAAUCACAAUCUACUUCAAGUUUGCAAUCCAUUAGUCAACAAUCCACUACAAGUUGGCCAUUUACUACUGCAUCUACAAAAAGUAUAAAAUCAACAAGACAAUGCGUCACAAGGCCACGUUGUGCCCCUGCAAAGUCAAGGAAAGCGAGAGCUGCAAAUUUUAGAGAAGUGCCGUAUCACGUUUGAAAGUUUGUUAUUUUUGCUGAUUUUAC